AUGGCGGACGACGGCGCCGCCCGGGUGACCUCAACCACCUUGCUCCUCGCCGUCCUAGUGGCGACGACCUGGUGCGUGGUCGCCGGAAACGCACCGGCGGGCGGCGGCUCUGCUCAGGCCGGCGGCGGCGCGAGCGACAACGACCGCGGGAUGGUCGCGAGCCGGUUCGUUCUCGCCACGGCGGCUAGGAGGGAGCGGGUAGGCCGCCUGACGUGCCGUGCAACCGGGCACCCGACGGGGGCGUGCUCCGGCGGCGGCUUCAAGUGCUGCGGCGGCGCGUGCACCGACGUGCUCGCCAGCGCGAGCAACUGCGGCGCGUGCGGGAGGCGGUGCCCGUUCGGCCGGCUGUGCUGCGGCGGGCGGUGCGCCGCGGUGGCGUACGACGCGGCGAACUGCGGCGCGUGCGGCCGGGCCUGCGCCGCCGGGACGCCGUGCACGUACGGCAUGUGCGGCUACGCUUAA